AUUAAGAAAAUUAAAUAAUAUCUAUUAUAGUAAAUUAAAAAAGUAAGUAUCAAAGAUAGAUAACUGAUUCAUUAAAACAUGUCAUAAUUUAGUAACUAUAGAAACAUAUCAAUUUACAACGACUAAAAGCAAUUCAAGAAUGAUAAUGAAGAGCUUUAUUUUGCAAAAAACUACAAUGAAAAGCUUUAUGGUAAGGGAAAAGAAAACGAUUUGAAGAUAGAAUACAUCAGACCUCCAGAGUCAGGCUUCUAGAAUACUGUUCAUAGUUAAUACUUGUCUAACAACAUCAAGCAAUAUAGAGAUUUAAAGUCAAAUAAUCCAAAUUAUACUUCUGGUAACCCUAUAACUCAUCAAGGAAAGACUGAUGAUGUAUUCAAACCAGCAAUUAGAAGAAAUGAGUACUCUGAUAUAGAUAAUUUUAACGCAGCAAACCAAAUGAUCAACAACUUUUACACAUCUCCAGAAAGAGAUUUUAAGUCAUCUUCAAAACGUAUUGAUGUUAAGCCUUCUGAAAGUUACGAACAUUUCUAAAAACGUGAAUUAAAAACAAGCUAGCCUUAUUCUGAAUAUGUUAGAACAAGAAAUCCAAUUAUCUAAGGUGAUGGAACUACUAACAUUUAAACUAAGCCUAGAAGUGCUGCUGGUGAUUAAAAAGUUUCAAAUGAAUAUUAAAGAAUGUAAAAUAACAAGUUCUUACUUCCCUCAGACCGUUAAUAUGUUUAAAAGGACACAAACACAACUUCAUAAAUCUUUUUCAAUAAUGAUAGCGAACCUUAUUAGACAUUUGGAACAAAAUAACCUUUAUAAUCACCUUCUGCAUAAAGAGUUCCCUAUGCUCACACAGGAGCUAAUUGCAGAGACUUAUUGAGUGGUGGCUAUGCUGAAAACAAUAGAAUUUAAGUUACCUCUAAACCAACUGAAGUAAAAGCUACUGAAAGAGAGACUAAAUUUGGAGAACUUAACUAUUACUGUGAUUAUAGAAAAAGAAGUAAUCUUUUACAAAAGGAAGAGUAAAGAGCAACAAACUAUGGUGGAGUCUAUAAAGGAAAGAAGUGA